AUGAACAAGACCAAGGGAGCUUUUGAUAGCCCAAAACUUUGGAGCCCAGGCUGCAUGCAGAGCAGUAUUUCCCUGACCAGUCUGGAAGCAACCUUUGCAUUUGGACAGGCUACGGACACAGCCCUGAAUGUAAUCCUUAUCGUGGUCCUCCUCAUCAUCAUGGUGUCUCUGGGAUGUACAAUGGAGAUAACCAAGAUCACAGCUCCCCUCAGGAGACUUAAAGGUGUGGCAAUGGCCAUAAUGGCUCAGUACAGCAUCAUGCCCAUAACAGAAUUCAUAUUGAGCAAGCUCUUCCAGCUGGGCACCUCAGAAUCCCUGGCCAUCCUCAUCUGCGGCUGCUGCCCAGGUGGAAACGUCUCCAACAUCUUUAGCCUGGCACUGAGAGGGGACAUGAACCUCAGUGUUGUAAUGACCGCAUGCUCCAUGGUCCUGGUAACUGGAUUAAUGCCACUGCUUCUGUACCUUUACUCGGGAGGACUGCAUGAGGGUGACUUGGAGGGCAAGGUACCUUGCAAAGGAAUAAUCACCUCCCUGGUGCUGAUGCUAAUCCCCUGUGCCAUUGGCAUCAUCAUGAAUGAGAAGAAACCACAGUACACUGGCCUUAUCACCAAGGUAGAGUUAUUUAUGCUUCUACUGUCACCUGUUGCUAUAAUUGUUCUGUCUGUGGCCAAUAUGGGAAGCUGUAUCAUGAUUGUCUUCUCACCAUCCCUCCUAGGAACUUCUGCCUUAAUUCCCCUCACCCUCCUGCUGGGCUACACUGUCUCUGUAGCCUUCAAGCUUAAUGACCGGUGCAGGCAGACAGUGUGCAUAGAAUCUGGCUGCCAGAAUGUACAGCUUUGCUCAAAUAUGCUCAAGGUCACCUUUGCCCCAGAGAUCAUUGGUCCCCUGUACUUCUUCCCACUACUCUACUUGCUGUUCCAGCUUGGAGAAGGAUUUGUGCUCAUCCUGGUCUUUCAGAUCCAUGAAAGAAUGAAGCAGGCCAAUGGCAAGUACAGUUUUGCUCCUUUAUACUUUCCACACUAA